AUUUUAUUUUUAAACGCUACACAAUAAUUCGACGUAGGCAUACGAAUACCACAGUAAACGUCAUUGAGUAGGUAUACUAUACACACACGAACACAAUUACAUAACCUAACUGUAAAUAAUAAUUAUUCGAUAUUGUUUUCGUAACGUAAUUUAAAGUGAUAUAUUGAUCCAGCAUUCCAGCAGAAAGCAUGCUUUUGGGUUUUCAACUUCUGUAUCGACCGUAGUUUUUCAGACUUCGGGUGUAGUUGUUAUUACGUUGUUUUUAAAUAACAACAAUUAUUAUCGUCGUUUAUUGCGAGUAUUCUAAUACUAAUACUAUACCUACGUAUAAAUAGCAUAAUAUUGAAUACUGCAAUUAAUUGACGUUUAAGUGUUGUUAUUAUACAAUUUUCUACGAUGUCAAAUUUAAUUGAAAUUGAUGAGAUAAUCUCCAAUUUAAAAGCCACCAUCACAUCAAAUAAAGGCGGUGUGCAUUUAAAUUGCAUUGAAUCUGAUUAUUAUAAUUUAAUUGGUGAACCUAUACCAUAUCGAAAUCUAGGAUUUAAUUCCGCAGUAGAAUUUCUUGAGUCUCUCAAAGAAGUAUUUAAAAUAAAAAAUAAAGGAAUUAACACAUUUGUGUAUGUAGUAAGUGGUGGAAAGACUCAACACUUAGAAAAAAUGAUAAGCAAACAAAAAACUAAGUCUAAACGUAAAUCAAAAUCAAAGUCAUCUGCUGUGGUUACACAUAAAAAAAUUAAUAAUACUUAUAACGGCUGCUACAGUUCCAUGCAAUAUAGGUUGAAAAAAAAUAGACAACCAGUCGAUAAUUUAAAAAAACAUACAACUGAUAUAAAUCCUACCAACCAAAAUAACUGUGGAUUGCCGAAAAAAAAUUAUGAAACUAAAAUAUUCAGAAAAAAAGAUGAACCAAAAGUUUAUGCUCAAGAUCGAUUACAAAAAUACAAAAAAAAAUGUAUUGAUCAGAUUGAGAACAAAGAAGUAAAAAACAAGACUACAUUGGAAGAUUCGUUUCUGGAACUAUCAGAAAUAUUCACAAAAAAAUGCAAUAUUCGUGAUACGGAAUUUAAUGUACCAAUACAACCUAAACAACUACCUGCAGAUUUAAAUGAUCAGACUAACUUGGAAAUUAAUCAAUAUACAUUUGAAAGUAAAUGCAAGAAAAUUGUAACUGUAACUGCUGUGUUUAGCCCUUCAAACAUUUGUGUCGUAUUGGAAGAUCAUAAUACUAAUAGUAAUUUACUAGGAAUGCAAAUGGAAUUUAACAGAAUGAAAACAGGUGUUCAAACUCAAUUAAAUACCAUUCCAAUUAUUGGUCAUUAUUAUGCACUGUAUCAUCAACAAAGGUGGCAUCGAAUUGUAGUUGAAAGUAUUGUUUUUGAUAACUUAAUUAAAUGUUUUUUUAUUGACACUGGAAAAUCAGUAAUUAUAAACCAAAAUCAAAUUCAUACACUGGAUCCAAAAUUUGUUCAGAUAUGUAGUCAGGCAAUGAAAGCUGUAUUAAAUAAGUUAAAACUAUUUGAUGAAUUCCCAUUCAUCAAAGAAAUUGUAAUUGAAAAAAUAUUAGAUGUCAAGUGUAUUCUAAUUCCAGACAGUGUCAUUACGAAUCCUCCUACAGUGACUUUAUAUGAUUUGGAAACUAAGAUGAAUAUAAAUGACAUAAUAAUCAGUAAAUUUUAUGAAAAAGUAACACCAACGAUUACUUUAAGAGAUGGAUAUGAUUCUGCAGAAGUGAAAUUAAUAUCUAUGGAAAAUGGAUACUGUUACAUGCAGUUCAAUCCAGAUUUAAUCAAAUCUCUGGAAAAACUUUUUUCAUCAAAUCAAUUUUUUGGACCUUGUAUUAAAAAUGCCAGAGAUAUUGAUUAUAAAAAUAUAUAUUUGGCUUACUAUGAACAAAAUAUUAAAGGUAGAGUUAAAGUGGAAUUUUUCAUUUCUGAUGAUCAGGUUAAAGUAUUUUUUAUUGACUAUGGACAUUUCAAAACUGUUAAAGUAACUACAUUAAUUGAUCUAUCCAGAAUUAAUGUCUAUCUUGUUCGAAUUCCAAGUCAAGCUGUUAAAGUAUCAUUACAUAUGUUUCCUCCUGAAGAUGUAACUGUUAGAACAGUACAGGAGUUAUUUAAUAUUUUAGGAGAUAAUAACAAUGUUACAAUUUAUAAACUUAAAGAUUUCAAGGGACAAAUUCCAUGUGUUCAAUUAUGGAAUAUUGCAUAUCCUGAUACAUUUAUCAACAUUAUUUUAUACUCAAGAUUAUACAAGUUAAACCAAUGAAGUAAUAUUUGAUGCAAAGAAGAAAUAAUUUUGGAUCCCAUUUAUAUUGUAUUUAAUAUUUAUUAUAAACUUUUUUAUUAUUUCAUAAUCAAGUUGUAUAUGAAAUAAUAUUAUAUAUUUAAGAUUUUUACAUUUAUAUUUAAACAUAAACAAAAAUAAAGAGAAGAGAAACAAUAUUUUAGCACUUUU